AUGGUCACCAUUGCGGCGACCGUCAGCAGCACAACCCCGACCACCACAGCUGGCAGUCUGCGCAUGACAAGUGCGACUUCCACAUCACCUGGCCUUACCACUUCUAUUGACAGCACAAGUGCCACUACUAGCACCACAAGAAGCAGCAGCCGCGAUCCCAGCGCUGCCACCACCACUGCCACCAUUACAGCCAACCUCAACAGCGCAAGCACCACAAAUGCCAUGGUAGCCAGUACGGUCAGCAAUUCUCCGGGCACGACCGCAGGCGAGAGCACGUCUGUGUCUGUGUCGGAAGAUUUAGAUGAUCACGUGGCGUCGUCAACGACGAGUGGCAACAAGCCCGCCGACACAACCGAGGUGUCAACCUCCGUUUGGGCCAUCUGGCCGAUUACUGUGUCCUCGUGCAUGGUCUUGCAGCUUUCGCAUCCAGUCGCGUCCUCUGUGGGUUUCCUUGCAGCUCUUCGUUGGGCUCUGGCGGAAGUCGCCGGCGUUGCUGAGGAAGCAGUCUCUGUCGACGUCGAGGGCGUGUUUGCGGAGUGUGGACGUCGACUUCAGCAAGAACUCGUCAACAUGUUUGAGAUAGUCACCGGUUACGAGAUCCGUAUACCGACGUCUGCGACACUGGACCACGAUUCCGAAGAGAUGGCAGAAAAGGUGCGAGCUGCUCUCAGCAGCGCGACGAGGACAGACAUGGCGACCAAGCUCAAAGAGGCGUUUCUGUCGCAGCCGGAACUGGCAGAAGUGGCCGUGAUGGUGUCCAUGAUGGGCGAGCCGAUGCUGGAGGUUCUGCAGACAACUCCGGCGGGAGCCUUGUCCAGCGGCACAGACUCGAGGUAUCCCAGUCUCGUGCCAGAGGCUGUAACGAUUGGGAGCGCAAGUGCUUCAAUUCUGGCAAGCGUUGCUCUUAUUCUUUGUUGGCGACGGAGUGGCAAAACCAUCAAGACUCCAACAUGCCCUCGACAUAGCAGGAGUGGACAAAGCUUAGCGUCUUUCGUGGGUGUCUCGCCAGCAGACACCAACGCCACAUCGAUGCAGUCGAAAGACGCCGUGGUAAAUGCGACGAGCACCUGCAAUGAGCAGUUGCCUGAAGCUGUGCACCAGUCGCGCAGCAAGCGAUCGCAGUCGGAGCCACAAGCAGAGAGUUGCAAACAGGUGGACUCCCCUCGCUCAGCCCGACGCAAAGUGUGGCGAGCAGUUCCCAUCCUGCGCGGGGAGCAUGCUGACGAAGAGGCUCCCAGGAAGAGUCGUGCCAAGCGAACAAAGGCACGCCGCCUGGUGGCAUCGCCCCAGCCGCUCACGCUGCAGAGUGUAGUGGUGGAGGAUACUGUCCAGGCCAAUGAAGCCAGCGUUGCCUGA